CCUAUUGACUUAAAUUGGGUGUGAACACAAUUCCUACAGCUUUGAAGUGACUUUGAACAGUAUACGUGAAAGUGAGAACUGUGUACGCGUGUAUUUUGACGUUCGUAUCUGGAGUUGUUGAUAUCGGUUCUAUCCGCCGAUAUUCGUUCCCAACAGCUCAUGUUACCAUACGAAUAUACCGUGCUGCACUAACCACGUCUGGACUGCUGUAUUUAGUGAAAGUUACGCAUAAUAAUGGUCCUAACGAGAUCGCGUACAAAUAGCCCGGCGCAAAGGCCUGAGACGUCCACGGAGACACCAGCUGCGGCUGAGGUGGAGAUGAUGGAAUCACCAAGGGAGUCUACAGAGGUGCGUGACGCACCUGGUCCAGUGAUGGCUCCUGCACAACCGGUGCCUGUCGUUAUGACGGAUAGUCAAUUGGCGUUGUUGCUGUCCCAGAUUGGAAGCAGAGCUGCACCUGUACCUGCAAUGCAGUCUAACUUUGCUGCGUGCACACACCGAUUUGAUGGCAAGAAAAAUGUCAUCCCGUUCUUAGAAGCCAUCGAGAUCUACAAGGAAAGUGUUGCUAUGACUGAUGCUAUGGCGAUGCGUGGACUGCCGAUGUUGCUGACGGACUUCGCUGCGGAGUGGUGGCAAGGUGUAAAGCAUUCAGUUACGACAUGGAGUGAGGCACUAGCAUUAUUGAGGAAUACCUAUGGACCAAGAUUGCCCCCACACAUGAUAUAUAAGGAAUUGUUCCGGAGAGAACAGGGUGAUGAAAACACAGAUGUUUUUGUGUGCAAGUCAAGAGCACUACUAUCACAGUUGCCUGCUAAUACUAUACCAGAGGACCCUGUGCAGUUGGAUAUGGUCUACGGGCUGCUGCACCGCCGUAUUCGGAGACAAGUUGCCAGGACAAGCUUCUCAUCCUUCCAGCAGUUGUUGGAGUUAGCACGUGUGGUGGAGGAGUUGGAAGAGGAGUGCCCAGCUGUUACCAAAACUGAGGUUACUUCGUCUGAGAUGCCAACUAGGAGUGAAUCUCUUCCUCAGGACCGAACCACAGAUAGAGAUGCUACUACAAAUAGGAAGGCUAGGCUCCGUUGUAACUAUUGUAAGCAAUUCGGCCAUAUGAAAGAUGAGUGCCAGAAAGGCCAACGGAAGAAGCAAAAUGAGCAAUUUGAGACAGAGCAAGAGGAGAGACCAGAAUCUACGAAGCCAACUGUCACCUGUUUUGGUUGUGGUUUACCCGGAGUAAUUAGAUCUAAUUGUCCAAAUUGUAAAAGUACUAAAUCUGACUGUAAUGUUAAUUUACCAGCAUUUGCUGCAUUUAGUCCUAAACUUAUUGAUGUUUGUAUGAGACCUAAGCUAGGUAUUGAAAUUUUGGGAUUGCAUGGUUCUGCCUUGGUGGACACUGGGGCAAAGCAAUCAGUAGCAAGUGAUAGUUUGUAUAGAGUGUUGGUGGAAAAAGGCCAAAAGUUUGAUACAGUUAAAUUGUUUAUUAGUUUAGCCGAUGGCUCUAAACAAUGUAGAAUUGUUAAAACUGCAAAAGUAAAUGUAAAAGUUCAUGCAAUUGUAGUACCUACCUUAUUUAUUGUAAUACCAGGUGCUACAGACUCUCUACUCGGUAUGGAUUUUAUUCAGGAUUCUGGCAUGAUACUGAACUUUACACAGAAUUGUUAUUCUUUUAGAUCUCAUCCUAUGUCUUACCAGCUGAGGUAUGAAACUGAGGACCCUGUUGGGGCCUGUGCUGCGGUUUCACCUGCUGUUGACCUCCGCGGCAAGGAAGGUGAGUUGUUGCAGGCUGCUGACCGGGAGUUGUUGAAGAAGCUCCGGUGUGACAAGGGCAUCUUCAAGCGAGGGGGAGCCCCCACGACAUCUGCUGUCCAGCAUAAAGGUACAGGUGAGAAUGUCCCUGUAACCAUACCACCUUACCAUGUUUCUCCGGUAAAGAAGAGGUCAGGAAGAAGGAUCGGAGACAUGUUAUCUCCGCUAAAGGUACAGUACCCAUCCAGGAUUAAGGAAAUUUUGCAGCAGAAAAUGUGAACGAAUGAAGGCCCUAGCCAA